AUGCCACAUUUCCAGCUAUUUCUCUCAAGGUACGGCUUCAUAAGACCGGUGAACUGGGAGGAGCUCCAGUUUGACCAAUCAACAGGCAUUUCUAACGAUGAAGACUUUCCCGGGGAGGAAGACCUAUCUGGGAUACAGGAGGGAGACUCAUCGUUGUCACGUGCAGAGACUGAUGAUUAUGAUGAUGACGAAGACUCUCCAAAUCCCACUGAAAGCCAAGUCUUCAUCUCAGCUCUCAGAGACUUCCAGAUGGUGUCCGGCCUGUCUGUCACAGGGCUGUUUGACGAUGCCACCAAGGCUGCCAUGAACAAGCCAAGGUGUGGGGUCCCGGAUAAGGAGACGGAUGAUGCUACUGAGGAAGUACACAACUCCACCAGCUCAGCACUUGGAGAGGGUUACAGCAGUCAGCUGACCAUACAGGACCAGAGACAUAUCAUCAGCCUGGCCUUCAGGAUGUGGAGCGAGGUGUCUCCCCUGGAGUUUAUAGAGGACACAUCCUCUCCCCUGGCGGAUGUAGACAUCAAACUGGGUUUUGGCACAGGGAGACACUUGGGAUGCAACCAGAAGUUCGAUGGUACUGGACGAGAGUUUGCUCACGCCUGGUUCCUGGGAGACAUUCACUUUGAUGACGAUGAACAUUUUACUGCACCUAACACUGGCAGUGGGAUCAGCCUGCUCAAAGUGGCAGUGCAUGAGAUAGGCCACGUCCUGGGCCUGCCUCACAUCUACAGGACUGGUUCCAUUAUGCAACCCAGUUACCUGCCCCAGGAAUCAGGCUUCGAGAUCAACUGGAUGGACAGGAAGUCCAUACAGCACCUCUAUGGGGGCUGUACGGGUCAGUUCAACACAGUGUUUGACUGGAUCAGGAAGGAGAGAACCCAGUACGGUGAGGUGGUGAUUCGUUUCAACACCUACUUCAUGAGGGACGGCUGGUACUGGCUCUAUGAGAACAGGACCAACCGAACCCGCUAUGGUGACCCGGUGGCUCUUCAGGUGGGCUGGCGCGGCAUACCCCCCGGCGGGGUAGACGCAUGUGUUCACGUGUGGAACAGGAACACUGAUGCUGUCUACUUCUUUAAAGGCACCCAGUACUGGAGGUAUGACGAUGACAACGACCAGGUGUUUACAGUGGACCCUGAGGGACACCUCUACCCUAGACUCAUCUCUGAGGGGUUCCCAGGGGUACCCAGUCCUAUAGACACAGCCUUCUAUGACAGGAGGGACUACCACAUCUACUUCUUCAAGGGCACUUAUGUGUAUGUGUUCGACGUGACAGCCAACCGCGUGUCCCCAGGCUUCCCCAGGAAGAUCACAGCUGUGUUCCCAGCAGUAGUGUCUGGGGAUCACCCGGGCGGUAGCAUAGACGCCGCCUACUUCUCCUACACGCACAACGCUGUCUUCCUGUUCAAGGAUACACAGUUCUGGAAGGUGGUGGGGAGGAGCAGAGACCGCUGGAGGAGACCGGCGCUGCCACGCAACGGCCUGAUGCCACACAGGAAGGUGGAGGAACAGUGGUUUGACAUUUGUAACGUUCACCCCUCGGCCCUGAAAGUGGCCCGUCGAUGAGGGGGGGGGGGCUAUAAGGAUUCUGUGGGAUUAGGGGAUACUGGACCCAGAUCGGAUGGCACUCGUACCAACUCUAAACAUGACACUGAGCGAGGAGCACAGACUGGCCCCGUAGCCAUGACAACAGAGUUCCUAAGGUGACUGCUGGUUUCACAGUAAACUGACUUAUAUCCAUUACAUAAUAAAUAUGUAUUAGUCUACAACACAUUUCAUUCAUUAUGAUAACUAUUGUUAACUAUUAUCAACCUUGUACAUGUCCACACUAUAUAUUUAGUUGUUUCAAAAACGUUAUUUUAAUAGUUUAAUGGCCACGAUUACAGACACCUGUGUCUUUUGACACUAUAUAAACGAGUCAUCCCGCAGUGUUUAUACCCUGAUGAAGACAGCUUGGCUGUCGAAACGUUGGACAUUUGCAUCUGAGCUCCUAGAGUGGUGAGGAUCUCCUUUAUUUUUAUAUUGUAAUAGUUUACACAAUAUGUCGUUGAAGACAAUAAUGCCUUUUUUGGGCAUGUUCUUAUUUUUUUCUAUGUUGUAAAAGUUUUAUUUAUAUAAAAUCAGUUGUGUUAUAUGGACUGAAUUGAAUUGACAAAAACAACUCUGAAAACGCAGUUUUUAUUUAGACUGAGAUCAGAUACAUGUUCCCUAUUAAAGACUUGUAACAAACACAAACAA